AUGGUUUUCAUUAAUUUAAAAUUGCUAUCGAUUAAACUGCGGGAUGACGGUGAUUCUCAACCAGUGAAGCUAGACCCGAAACCGCCAGAAAGUUUCGAAGCGCUUUCAAAAGAAAUCAAAUCGGCUAACCGACUGAUCAAACAAUUCGAAAAUGAUAUGAAAGAGCGCCCGAAUCGACUCCUUAGUGGAUCUAUGAGAGAACUCAUUGAGCAGGUGAUGGGACAGCUAUCUCUUCUGAAAGGAACAAACGACGAAGAACUAUCGAAGAUUGCGAUUUGUGCCAAAGCCCUGGCCGAUAUCACCGCCGCCAAGCAACCGACCACAUACCAGAUAACAGAAUUGGAAUCAACGAGCUUGAAGUACAUCAUGGUGGUGUGGGAUAAUUAUAUUCAGCCCUCCCAAAACGAGCGAGUUAACAGCUUUUUCGAAAACUUACGAAUAUUGUGGACUUCUAAAGUUUAA